GGGUCCGCAAAGGAAACCGCUGGUGGCAGGCAAGACGCGAGCUUCUUGAUAUCUGUAGCUAAUUAGCUAGUGUUAGCUGGAUCGGUAGUAGCUAACCGCGUUGACAACAGAAUACAUUGAGACACUACGUUGCCAAGGUCGUUUUGUGGAAAUAGCGAGCUUGCUAGUUAAACUGUUGACUACAUAUAGUGCAGAGGUUUCAGCGCAGAAAUUGUCUUGCGAAUGUAGCUACACGCUGAAGGCUUGUGUGUGCGGGUGCACGCAAUCGAUUGGAGUCGCGUUAGCUAGCCAUGUUGCUAAUCCAGAGGAAACGUCGCACGCAGGCAUUGCAAUGCAGCACAGCCGGCAAGUGAUGGGACUCGAGAAAGCCACGGCCACCUCUAUGUUUUAUGUCAUCAAAUACGUUUGGUAGAGAUGUUACUAAAUGUGUGGUGGCCUAUGGCAGCCAACGUUACGUAUUUCUUGCUUCACGUCAACUGAAUCCAUAAAACAUUGCUAGCUAACUACUAGCGUCGCUAGUAACGUCUGCAAGCUUACUACAAGGAGACCGUUGGCAUGCAACUAAGCCAACGAUAGCUAGCAACCCAACUAACGUUACCAAUGGCUACGCUAAUGCCAUUCAUUAUGAUGGUAUUUAUCGACGCUGUCUACAAUGGCAUGUAUAUGAAGGUUUAGCCCAGUUGUAGCGAGGCAGAGGGUGAACAUUGCUGGUUAGUGAGCGUCGCGGGGCCCUGAUGCCUGGCCCCGUUCCAGGCUGGUCAUCCUAGGGGAAGCUCUCGGUACAGUCGACGCUGCCAGUAUGAGCGGGGGAGGAGAGCAGGCUGACAUUCUGACCGUGGGCGUUCUGGUUAAGGAGAGAUGGAAAGUGCUGAAGAAGAUCGGGGGCGGCGGAUUCGGGGAGAUCUACGAGACCCUGGACCUGCUGACCCGGGUCAGCGUGGCCCUGAAGGUGGAGUCGGCGCAGCAGCCCAAGCAGGUUCUGAAGAUGGAGGUGGCGGUUCUGAAGAAGCUGCAAGGCAAAGACCACGUGUGUCGUUUUGUGGGGUGCGGCCGCAACGAUCGCUUCAACUACGUGGUGAUGGAGCUGCAGGGGCGGAACCUGGCCGACCUGCGGCGCAGCAUGAGCCGCGGAAUCUUCUCCAUCAGCACCACGCUGCGGCUCGGCCGCCAGAUCCUGGAGGCCAUCGAGAGCAUCCACUCCGUGGGCUUCCUGCACCGAGACAUCAAACCAUCCAACUUUGCCAUGGGCCGUUUCCCCAGUACGUGCCGGACCUGCUACAUGCUGGACUUUGGGCUGGCCCGCCAGUUCACCAACUCCUGCCAGGAAGUGCGGCCGCCGCGGCCUGUGGCUGGGUUCCGUGGGACAGUGCGCUACGCCUCUGUGAACGCGCACAAGAACAAGGAGAUGGGUCGCCAUGACGACCUCUGGUCCCUCUUCUACAUGCUGCUGGAGUUUCUGGUGGGGCAGCUGCCCUGGAGGAAGAUCAAAGACAAGGAGCAGGUGGGGAAACUGAAGGAGCACUACGACCAUCGCCUCAUGCUCAAACACAUGCCGCUCGAGUUCAGCGUCUUCCUCGACCACAUCUGCAGCCUGGACUACUUCACCAAGCCCGAUUAUCAGCUCUUGAGGUCAGUGUUCGAGAACAGCAUGAAGACCUACAACGUGGUGGAGAACGACGCCUACGACUGGGAGAAGACCGGGUCCGACGGCACGCUGACCAUAAACGCCGCGGCGACCACGCCCCAGCACCACACCCGCCUCACCCCGGCCCACAUGGGCAUGGCCAACGCGUCGCUGGUGCCGGGGGACCUGCAGAGGGAGAACACGGACGAUGUGCUCCAGGACGAGCAGCUGAGCGACGGGGAGAACAACUGCCCCCCCGACCGGCUCCCCGGGUCCCCCGUCCUGCCCCAGCGCCCGCAGGAGCCUGACGUGUGGGAGGAGCUGGACCGCAACCGCAACCGCGUCCGGACCGCCGUCUGGAAGGCCGCCACGGAGGAGGAGCACAGUCAGAACCAGGGGAACCAGAGCCCGUACGCGGGGCCCAGCCUGGGCUCGCCGGUGCGGGUGCGGUCCGAGAUCGUGCCGUCUGACCGGGACGCUCCGCUGCUGAGGAAGCUGAGGAACAUCCACAGCUUUGAGCUGGAGAGGAGGCUGACCCUGGAGCCCAAGCCCAGCACCGAGCGCUUCCUGGAGGCCUGCUCAGGGAAGCAGCAGGAUAAAGAGGGCCAGUUGGGCGUGGGCCUGGCCAUGCCCGGCGGCGGGCGUGGCGAUCGGGUGUGGCAGCUGGACGAGGAGCUGCUGUCGGGCGGCGGGUCGCCCAAGCCGGGCUCCCCGGGCUCGCCGGAGCAAGGGGAGGGCGCGGCCAGCAGCGGCGGCUUCGUGGCGCUCAACCUGAGCUCGGGCCGGCAGGACGUGGACUCGCGCGAGUGGGUGCUGGUGGACCGCGCCCAGGACCUGCAGGACCUCCGGGCCAGCGGGGGCAGCGGCGCGGGCCGCUCGGCCGGGGCCAAGGCCACCAGCAGCCCGUCGGAGGAGGAGCCCGAGAUCCUGCAGCUGGCCGAGGAGCCCAACAGCGGGGAGGCGGGGAUGCCCAGCCCCGCGCGGCCCCAGAGGGACGCGCUCGCCCCCCUCGUGCCCAACGCCGGACCCCCCCGGGUGGAGAGGCUGGAGCUGAGCGUGGGUCCGCCCGGGAGCCUGGCCCCCAUCACCCCCACCAGCCCCGCGGAGGCCCUGGCCGAGGGCGCGCUCACGCAGCUCCCCACCUCUCCUCCGUCCCUGCCUGAGGAGCUGGUGGCCCGGACCUCCAGCCCCCUCCUCCGCUCCCCAAGCCCGCACACCCCCCUGACCACCCUGUCGGACCCCCUGCACCAGCGCCCCCCCGGCCUGCGCCGCAGCCAGUCGGCCGAACCGGGCGCCCCGCCCCGCGCCCGCUCCCCCGGCCAGCGGAAGCUGCCCGCUAUCCCCGCCGGCGCCGCCAACGCCAAGUUCCCCUCUGUCAUUCGCAUCACCCGCGCCCAGCUGCAGCAGCUGACAGCGCAGCGCCCGUCCAUGCUCUCCUCCCAGUCUGCCUCAGACAGUGUGCCACAGUGCCUCCUGCUGGAGAAGCGUAACGAAGCGGACGCCCAGCCCCUGGACGACACCGCCGACAUACAGUCUCCGCAGGAGCGCCCCCUGCAGGCCGGCAGCCCCACGGAGCUGCCGGGGGAGGGGCUGCUGAACGGAGCCCCCGUAGAGAAGGCGGUCAGCCCCGUGGCGGCCAGCCCAGUGCCAAGCCUGCAGUCUUCCCCGAAAUCGCCCCGAUCGCCCCGCUCCCCUCGCUCGCCCCGCAGCCCCGUCUUCGCCAACGGCCACCUCUCCCCCCUGGCGGAGGCGUCCGGGGGCGGCAGCCCGCCCCUCCCCGAACUGAAGGACCCCGAGAGCGACUCGGGCUAUCCGGACCGCUCCACCGAGCCCAACCAGCACACCCUGGAGGAGGGGGCGGACCGGACCCCGGCGGAACGCUCCGCCCCCUCCACCUCGUCCCCGCCCCCCGGCACGCGCCGGGACCCCGCCCGGCGGCUCAGCCGCAUCCCCGUCCUGGAGCCCGCCCACCUGCUGGACGCCCCGCCCCCAGGCUCGGCCAAAGAGAAGCUCCUCCAGAAGAAGGCCCACCACCACGGGCCCGCGCCCCCCUCCCCGUCCCUCUCCUCCGACAACCGCGCCCCGGCCGCCCCGCUGCCCCGCGACCAGCUGUCCUCCGCCUCCGACCGCUCCCAGGACGACGAGUCCUACCUGGGGUCCCGCUCGGACCGGCAGGGGGACGACGCCCCCUCCCUCUCCUCCUCGUCCAGCCCGCUGUCCCGCAAGAGCAAGAUCCCCCGCCCCGUGGCGCCCGUGCCCGCCCCCGAGCAGCUGGCCACCCAGUUCCUGCCACGCCCACCCCCGGGCAAGCCGCCCAGCCGCCCUGCUGUGGAGGGCAGGCUGCGCCGGUACCGGAUCCGGGCCGGCAGCACCAGCGACGCGGACCUGAUGACCUGCCUGGCCCAGCUGAUGCACGGCGGCUCGGGCGUGUCCCGGGCCCGGGGCUCCGCCCACCUGCGGUCGCCGCAGCACCACGGCGGCGCGCGCAUGCCGCCCAACAGCCCGUCCACGCCGCACCGCAGCUCCAGCGCCUCGCCGCGCAGCUCGCCCUCCCUGCAGCGCUCCGUCAGCUCCUCCCCCUCCCGCCACGAACACAGGGGCGGCGGCGGCUGCUGCCAGGGGCGGAGCCGCUCCCCGCCCAGCUUCUCCGGCUCCCCGCCGCCGCGCCGCGCCUACCCGCAGGAGACCUGCUGCAGCCGGCAGGCCCGCGCCGGCUCCUUCCACACCGCGCGCGGCAAGGCCUGCAGCCGCGAGGGCAAGUGCCCCAGCAAGCUGAGCAGAUAGUGCCCCCGCGUCCCCGCGCCCCCACGCCCCGCCCCGCGCCCCCCACGCCCCGCCCAGCUCCCCCCACGCCCCGCCCCACACCCACAGCAGCACCUGCAGGAGAAGGAGGAGGAGGAGGAGGCUCAUGACGAAGGCAGCGGUGAUUUUGCCAGGGGAACUGGGGGCUGGCUGUGCAAACCUCGGGGUCUGUUUCCUGAACACUGGCAGCUCAAAGUGUUAAUCCCCCCUCCCCUCAACAUACUGUACUCUUCCGUCCACAGCUCUCUCUCUCUCUCUCUGCCUCUGUUCACUCUCUCUCUCUCUCGCUCACUGCACACUGCUUUUCACACAAACUUCCUCACACCCCACACAAGCCACAAACCUUCCCUCGUCCCAGUACAUGUACCAGUACUGUUAUUUAAUACCCUGUUAUUUAUUUAUUGUUUCAUGUAUUUGUUGAAAUAAAUCUUACUUGUCACGUGGUAUGACAUAUGAAGGAAUCGCAGCGUUGUUCGGCUGUCGAAUCGGUCAAAGCAUUACAGAGAGGCCAGCGAGCGUUAUGAUUGUCACAAUCUUGAAACUGCAAACGAACAAAUGGGCUGUACUGGCCAUUGUGUCCAUUUGGACCUAACGGCUCAGAGGAGCUGACUGUGCUAGCUAGCGCCUCUGUAGCGCGUCUCGUCAGUGCCUCAGAGUAGCCCCGCCCCUCUCUGAACACCACGUUCUGACAGUCGCACAGUCGUACCACUGUGUGCAGGUCCUGGGGGGGCUGCUGGUGUCUGUCCGUGCACCCCACAUACUUUCUAAGCGUUCAGUAUCCGACUGCACUCUGGUCUGGAGGGCGGGUGCGUAUGUUGUUUACCCAGGCAUAUGCACUGUGCACUGCUACAUGUAUUAUAGUAUUUAUUGGGUUAUUUAUUGGAUGCCUGUAAUAUGUCAUGUUCAGGCAUAAUGACUGACAGAGGACACAGCCUAUAGGUGGCUGUUCCCUCCAUUUAUUUGCUGGCAUUUCAGCCACUGGAGCCCAUUAAGUCCCGUGCCUGAGGUGACUGUAUUUUGUGUGAGAGAGGUUCGGAAACGGCGCAGUGUGUGGAACCUCCCUAGACAGAGCCAGGACUCUUCAGCCCCGCCCCCCAGGGCAGAAAGGGGCGGGCCUCACUCCGAGAGCUCUGACACUUCACACUCUGGUUUAGCUCCUUCUGGAAUGAGGCCUUCUGUGAUGUCACAGUAUAUUGUGACCUCGUUGUGUUCCGUGAGGUCUGAGCUGAAGGAGCAUGCCUGUCCCCUGUGAAGUGAGAUUGACUCGUCUGUGCUGAAUGUGAACUUUUUUCUUCUUCUUGCGUUUGUCUUUAUCUGACUUGUGUGCCUUUCUCCAUGCGAGCUGAACGUUUCUGGAGCCGUUUCUGGCGUCUGUUUCCCGAUUUUAAAAAUCUUGAAUGUAACUAUGUUCGGUUAGAUGAAAGUGAGAGAACGGUCCUGAAGAAUAAAGACACUUCUUGAAAGGACUACAUGAAAAUGUUCAGUUUGACAUGAAAAAUGGCACUCAAAUUUUUUGUGGUGGAGCAGUACAUUAAGAUGGUUUACUGUAAAAAAUUUUUUAACUUUUUGUGUUCCUGUGUACUGUGGUGAUAGUUCAGUAUCUAUCACACAAAGUUCACGACAACAGCAAAAAUCACGUAGUUUAAAAUCCCGUCUUUAUGGAAACAUGCCUGUUCUCUCGUAAUUUCCCCUGUUCUCAACUCCUCAGUUAACUUGCAGUCAAAUGAUGCUUUUUUUAAACUCAAAGGGACAUUCUAGUAUCGGUGUGGGGUGGUUGACAGUUUUGCGUCAAGGCCUCAGUCAUUUCAAAAGUAUUAUUAGUGAAGGCGGUAGGCAUAGCCAGUAAAAAUAACUAGUUUUAUUCCAGCUGGUAGUUCACUAGUUGUCAGAAAAACUCCCUCACUCUCACCCUCUUCUUGCUAUCCACCUCUGUCUCUCUCCCUUCUGCUUGUAAGAUAUUGUAAUAUAAAUCCUACCAGUACUACUCUACUCUUUGCAUGCACUACAGUAAAAAAGAAAAAAAAUGAAAGAAACACAGCACACCAGUCCUCAAAUCCUUCAUCCUUUCUCAGAUGAUUGUAUUCCAAGAAGAUUCUAAAAUAUCUGUAGAUAUGAUUCUCUAUAUUUUAUUUGGAAUGUCGUAGUUGUUUUCUCUUCCCUGCUGUAUUUGUGUGGGGAACGAAGGCACCCCCCACACAUCUGCCCUUUCACCCCGCCUCUUCCUGUCUCAUGCUCCUCACCCCGCCUCUUCCUGUCUCAUGCUCCUCACCCCGCCUCUUCCUGUUUCAUGCUCCUCACCCCGCCUCUUCCUGUUUUAUGCUCCUCACCCCGCCUCUUCCUGUUUUAUGCUCCUCACCCCGCCUCUUCCUGUUUUAUGCUCCUCACCCUUCCUCUUCCUGAUUUAUGCUCCUCACCCCGCCUCUUCCUGUUUUAUGCUCCUCACCCCGCCUCUUCCUGAUUUAUGCUCCUCACCCCGCCUCUUCCUGUUUCAUGCUCCUCACCCCGCCUCUUCCUGUUUUAUGCUCCUCACCCUGCCUCUUCCUGUUUUAUGCUCCUCACCCUGCCUCUUCCUGUUUUAUGCUCCUCACCCCGCCUCUUCCUGUUUCAUGCUCCUCACCCCGCCUCUUCCUGUUUUAUGCACCUCACCCCGCCUCUUCCUGUUUUAUGCUCCUCACCCCGCCUCUUCCUGUUUCAUGCUCCUCACCCUGCCUCUUCCUGUUUUAUGCUCCUCCUGAUUCUUGACUCUGGCUUUUACACUAAAUGCGCAAAUUUGAUGUGCAUCAGUAAACCGCUCAUGCAGAAGUACCACAUUCUCUGGAGAGGGAAAAAAAAAACUAAACAUUUUGCUUAUUUUUUUAAUUGGCUGAAUUUCUUUUUUUUUUUUUUUUUGCAACUGUUCAUGUUGUACAAAUACAUUACAGUACAAUGUCUGAUAUUCUCCAUGAAACUAUUUUUGCACAGAGAAGGAUUUGUAUGUACACUUUAAGUGAGUGUGUAAAUGUGUGGCUUCUUGCAGUUGGUUGGUUUGUGAGGUAAAGCAAGUGCCAGGUGCUUGGGUGGGUUGCAGGGGGGUGAUUUUUACAGCUGCAUCCUGUCAAAAAAGCAUGCCACAUGAAUCAUUGUUCCCUGAGGUUUAAGCAGUACCCCAUGCCCCCCCCCCCCCACCCGUUAGAAGCAGGGCUGUUGCAGGGGGUUGCCAGGGACCUUAUACUGUAGCCCAGACAACAGCGGCUGUUUUCAGGGGUAACCAUGUCAUGGGGUUGGGGAAACUGGCCGUUGGGAAGGGACUUUUCUGAUAGUGACCGCUCUCAGGAAUGUCAGUUUAGUGCCGCGUACAGAAUGCCAUGAAAAAAAAAAAAAUGACAAGCCAGCAUCCUGUCGUUUCCCCUCUCUCCCUCCCUUUUCACGCUCUCCUAGUUGUUUACCUGUGUUUCCCAAAGGGAAAUAGCAGCAGGUCUUGCUAGCAGUUUGUCUGUGUGUGAAAGUAUUUUUAGAAGGAGGUGAGAGUGACUGAUUCGUGCUCAGGUUUGCAUCUGUCAGUUGUGUUCCAGUUGUACUCUUGCAUGUCGCGGUACUCCCUUCAGAAAAACCUGCUUGUUUCCCAUUGGCCGGUUCGGCGAAUCCUGCUCGUUUCCCAUUGGCCCGGGACGGGCAGCUCUUUUUCCCCUGGUCAGCCGAGGCAGCUUUGCAUUGUCGAUGCUCGUUUUUUGGCAGCUCUCUCUCUUGUGUUGCUGUGCAUAAUGACAUUUCUCUUCUUGCUAUUUAUUUGCUAUUGAUCUUGACAGGUCGUCUGUCGGUGAACUUUUGCUGAUGCAUGUCCAGUAGACAGAAAGAUGGACCGAGGCCGGUCUGUGCUGCUGACCCAUCGGGCCAGGACAUUCGCGGCCGAAUGGCUCCUUGCUAUUGGCUGCCGAGUGGAAGCCUCGCCUGUAUGUAGGAAGCGUGCUGGCUGAUUGAUGCCAGGGCGUGUGAAAUGUGGCCUCCUUGUACGUCAGGGGCACCGUGUAGCUCCUGUAACCAUAGAAACCCUAACCUAGUGUCAACUGACACGUGUUCUGCUUUCACUAAAUAUGUUUUUUUUUUUUUAAAUCACCUUGAUGUUUGUGACUUAAGUUGUUAUGCUGCUUCGGUUUGCACACGUAUGGAAAAGGACCGUUUACAUGCAGCUUUUAGCCACCGCACACCAGUCUCUGGGUUUGCCGUCGCAGACGCAGACGCCAGAGCGUGGGAUGAGGGGAGGGGCCCCGUGUGUAAGGGGGCGGGGUCUUCUGCGCAGCGUUGCGUCGGUUGCCCGGGUGACCGCUGCAUUACUACCGGCUGCCGAAAUGGGCCGUCCUCGUCUGGUUAUUUCGUGGGACACGACCGCAGCUGGAGGGGGUGGGCGAGGGGGGAGGGAUUGGGUUCAUUUAUGGGGCUCUGUAUUAUUGUUUUUUGCCCUGUUGAUGAACGGAGAUGGAGCAGUUUUACGGUACGGGCAUAAACGGGCUCACCAACGUGUCGUGUAACUGCUUAGACAUUUUAAAAAAUUUUCUUUACGUUUAUGGAUUAAAGUACCUAUAACUACGAGUCAUAAUAAUAAUAAUAAUAUGAAUGAUGAACUCUACUAAAAUAUGAUUCCAGUGUGUCGCUGCUGCCACUGGCGACGAGUGAAAGUUGGCUGUACGGUGCUGCAGUCAGUGAGCGAGGAGGACGAGCACUCGAUGCGAUUAUCUCAGCUCAGCCUGAACCACCAGAACGUGUUAUCGAUCUGCCAUAUGUAUUUCUGUGAUAACAAGCUGAUUUCAUUUUAAUUUAAUUUUUUUUAUUUAAAUUUGCUAGUGGAUUCUUCUUUGUUAUUCUAGUAUCGAGGAUUUCCCAAAUGUCCUGUGAGAUCUUCCAGGUGUUGUACCCAGUACAGGACUUCUCUUGGGUGACUGAACUAAAAAAAAACAAAAAACAAGCAUUUUAACUUUAUUUAUUCUCC